AUGAAGAUUUACUCAAUGGAUAUUGCGUAUUGCAUCGUCAUACUCUUCACAUUCUCCGCAAGAACUUUAGCAGGUAACUCCAGUUUUGCUUUUUAUUUAUUUACCUUUUUGGCACAGUUGUCGACAAAUUGUUUGUUAAAAACAAGCAUAAGCUACUUUGCCAGUUAAAUACCUAUCAGUUUACACUUAUGACCUUGUUGUGACGUAGUUGAGAAGCGAGCGAUACUUUACUAUAAUAGUUAUUAACAGGCCUAAAAUAUUCAAAACGGUAAGUUUAGCAUCGAACAGUAAUUAACCGAUCAACGGCAUACUAAAGGAGAAGAAGUUUAAUUCGAAACGUAUUAAUUUGCUCGGUUUACGGGGUCUCUUAAGCAAUGGUUACAUGUUCUCUGUGAAGAAGAAAUUCUUGCGAAAGUUUCAAGAAAGCUUUGCACUGGGGAACACUAAAAGUAUCUAACUUCUCAGUCACACAAGUUCUGAAAAAGCUUGCGACCAGGCAUCUUUGAUAUUGCAACCAAACACCAUAUGAUUGCAAUGCUAAACUGUGUACGAUUCGCCCGAUUUCAUACAAGUCAGACAUUAUAGCUUCUAUGUUUGGACGCAACGGCCGACUCACUGAAGCCAACAUAGUCGGUCCUAACCGAGGCAAAAAUUGCUUCUAAUGUGUAAAAAGAAAUAUUGAAUGAUAACGGUUUUAUAUUUCUACCUGACAGAAUUUCAGUAAGUUAGCUGGCCAAAGUAUUUCCUUAUCUUUUUCCUUUAUUAGUUACGUAAGUCUGCACGCCGGCAAACUACACUGCGUUGGAAAAUUACAACAAUUUCUAAAGAUGCUUCAUACGUGAGAUUUUAUAUCUCAAUAUCUUUUGACAGCGACACUUUUUGCUUGCCUAUAAGCGGUUAAUAAAGAAAAUUUUGAAUUACAUGUUCCUGGUAUAACUACUAUAAUAUUCAAGGAAUACAAAUCAGGCUUUUAUCACACCGGAUAAUAGUAUUUAAAAAAAAUAGACAUCCCUUUCAAUUGUCUACAUUCUUAAGGCCAUAGAAAUGACUUUCAAAGACUCAAGAGAGACCAGUAACCUGCAAACAAAGGUGCAAGGAUUUUAACAAAGGUCUUUAUACCCUUAUAGACUGCAUCAAAACUUUCGACCAAUGAGCUUCGCAACUUGAUUAGUUUUUUAUUAGUUUAAAAAAACACUUUUGCACGGCUCUUCGAGUUUGUUUGUUUGUUUUUUUUCGUUAAAAUUUUUAUUUUACUUAUUAAAUAAUUGUUUGCCAAGUAUUACGAAUGCCCUAAUUCUUUAUCAAUGUAUUCCAGUUACUCUGGGGCUACUCAUGGUCAGCUGGCUGGGAACUCAUAGUGAUGCGUCUACUCCGGUUAAUAAUGAUGAUAAAAUUAAGGGAAAACAACAGUAGGAUAUGAAGAAUUACGCAGAUCGAAGAGGGUGUUAUCCACCGAGGCCAGAGACCGAGGUGAAUAACACCCUCCGAGAUCUGCUUUAAAAUUCUUCAUAUCCUACGAAAGCCGAAUUCAUUAAUUGUUUUAUUAUUCAUUCAAAAUAAUUUCUAGUGUAAAAACAUAGCAAAAACUUGCUUACCUGUAUCCGAUGUUAAGUUCAUCUUCGAUAGUGUACGUUUAGGUUUGUCAAGCACCGCAAAUAUCUCCAAAUAGCAGUUGUCGCCCUCCGAGUUGUCUUCUUGCUGUUUUUGCCAUGUUCUUAGCUAUUAUUUCGCCUUGUUCCAGUUGUAGUUCUUACUCUGGAAACGAGUGAAAUGUCCGCCAUUUUUUGUCACAACCAAAACAACUCAGCUUCGUCCCCGGGUCUUCUUGGUAAAGGUGCCUUAACCUGUAGCGGGCUGCAAGUAAGGGUUAUAGAUCUAACAAACGUUCUAAUAAUUGAUAAGUAUUCAGUUUUCUAAUCUCAGUCAACAGUGAUGGCUUAAAUCAGCUGGCAUACUGAAUAGAUUUACAUAGUAUUCAAAAAGUAACGAUAAAGAUCAAAUGAAGGAUUAGAACAAAGCCGCCUGUUAAUAGAAUAGCCAACUCAAAAAUUCAAUUCUAUUUUGUAACUAUUUAACGCGUCAUUAAAACCUCCUCUCUUCUUUUCAGCUGAAAAUGGCUACCUUAUUGGAAAGGAGGAAGACGGUAAGUACCAUAUGUUCCUCUAACAAGACUUUUUCAUCUAUUUCUCUUCUCCUGUCGACUCUAAAAAACAAUGUUUUUGACGUUCCAGGUACGAUUAUUUAAUACUUAGACAAAAAUCCAGGAUGUUAGGCCGAGAAAAGAUUUUAGCCAUAACCCCAUUUCUGAAAAUCGACAUUAUCUACGAACAUUGUCUCUACAACAUAAGGAGAAAAGGUUAUAAGAAUUAAUAGAAUGGUCAGCAAUGCUUCGAUCGUUUCUAAAAUUCUCUCAGCUAGUUCGUCAAGGAAAUGUAUGCAGAUCAGUCUGGAUAAUUUGUAUGUGGAUAUUGGGACUCAAGGGUGUAGCUGUCUCACAUAAUAUUUUUUUAUAGUCCUAUACAUCGUCAUGAAGUCUUCGAAACACUCAAAAGCAAAUUAGGUCACAGUCUUCUACGCAAAGCACCCGCCGCCAUGAAAGGCACAUUGCUUGACAAUUCCAAAAACGCCGGUCGGUGAAGCAGACUACUGUCAUAUUUGCAGUGCUUAUAUACAGUAAACGGAGCUAAUAAGAACCUACCUUUGUAGGUCUUUUAUGAAGUCUGACUAAAUUGGUUCUUGUAUUUUGCGGUACUCAUUAGCAAUUUAGGCUAGGAAGGUUCUUAGCUUUGGUUCUUAAUUUUUUAGAAGGAGAUAAUAGAUUGUUGAUUACAUGUACCAGAAAAAUAAUUCACAAAUUAUUCACAAUUGUAUUGUUAUAACCAUAACAAAACUGAUUACCAAAUUUAUAUAAAAGUUAGUACAGUAUGUUCUUGUUAUACUUUGCUUAAAAUUUACAACUCAAAGUUACACUGACCUUUGUUAAGUUGUUUAUCAUAAUUUAACUGUAACCCACAUAUAAGAACCUUUCUUGAUUUAACAGGUUCUUGUAAUCAAAGUGGCAAAUUUCUGCCGAGAGGUUCUUAAUCCACAGGUUCUUAUUAGCGGGUGUUUACUGUGUAUUCGAUGGGGAGAAGUGCAAAUCCUCCUAUAAUCCGUUGCCCCACGAUGCAUAAUACAACAGUGACAGUGGAACAUUUUUCUCCAUGAGGAGAAGGGGCGGGGGAGGGCGUCCUAGACACUAACUUGAAGUGGGAAAGGUUAGGAGACUUUCUUCAAAGUAAGGCUUUUCUAAUGCCCUCUCUAGCCUCUCCUUUCCUCCAUCGUCCCUGUACAACGAGUGCCUGACUAUAUUUGCAGGGAAACUCUCGAGGGGAAAAUCAUUCAAUCCUUUGAAUGAUUAUCAUUAAUGUGAUUAAAUUUUACAAAAAAAUUACUAAUGUAUAAUGACGUUUUCCAUUCUUAUUGUUUCAGAGACCUUGCUAAAUCUCAGCGUCAUUUUUCUUGUUAUGAGCGUCUUGUUCCUGCUUAUCACCAUCCUUGCAGGCUUUGUCCUGAUGAAAAAGCUGAAACGAACGGGGUAUGUCGACCUAACACACUCUUUUUUAUAAGAAGAUAUUUCAUAACAAUAUCGAGGCUGAAAUCUGCGAAACUUUGAGAAACUGAUUUUAAGAAUAAACCCCAGGCUUAAAAUUUGAAAGGGUGCAAUUUUGUGUGUUGAAAGUCUGUAAGUACAAUACAAUUAUGUUUUUAACGUAUUCGUUUCAAAUAUCUUAACGGCAAAACUAGCCAACAAAACUGACUAUGAUUGAUACCCCCAAUAUAUAUAUAUUCUGAAAAGGAAAUGUCACGAGCUAUAAUUCAAGAAUAAUACAAGCAUAUUUUCAACCUAAAAUGGGCAGAAAAAACUAGAAUAUUUAGCCUGGAAAACUGAGGCCGUGAGCCUGCAUGGUAGGCUUUUAAAAGGAAAAGGAGAAAGAAGAGAGGAAAGGAGACUCCAAAUAGUGUGAGGAUAUUUAGCUUAUUUUUUUUUACCCCUAAAAGAAACCAUUUUGACUGGCAUUUUGAGGUUGUUGCGAGCGAGACUGGGUCCAAGCUGCACUAAUUGCGAAUUGCACUAUGGGACUCUUCUGGGGAGACUAUCACUUUUUUCAGUGGUUAUUGCGAAGUUGUGUAGAUAACUUACGCACAAUUCGUUCCCCAAAACAGUCCCAUACAGACCUGUAGUGGAAUUGACAUGACGAGAUCGUUGCAUGUCAAGAAUUCUUUUGCUAGGUAACGCAAUGGCAAGCUCGAGCAACUACGAUGAUGACGACGGAAACAAGAAGAUAAGAAAAUCAACAGGUUUCAUAAGCAAAACAAAAACUCUAAACGUGCAGCAGACUUUUUGGCCGUUUUCUGUGCCGUCACCGUACACUGACUGACCAUGUUAAACUUGAUCGGAAUGGCAAUGCGAUCGUCGCUUUAUUUUAAAUCUCUAAGAUCUAAGAUCAUCGCGACUUUGAUUUCGUCGGUGGUACCUCUAGAUCGAGAGUCUCCGAAUGCUUGUGCGAGCAAAAAUAUAGCUGCUCCAUACUGAACAGACUGAACAGGUUAGGUGAGACCAAAUUUUUCAAUUUACAUCCCUAAAAGAGACGACCAACAUUUUGUAUCUUUCGUACUGAGGGUCCCCUUGGGUCCGCAAACAAUUUCCUUUUUACACUUUCGUCAAAAGUCCUCCUUCACGAACUGUUGAGACAUGAUUAUUAAGAGUGCAAGGAAUCCUUAUAUUUUUAGAUUGAUAAAACUAAACACAGCGUAGCGGUGGAUCAGGCCUCAUCUGUUGUUGCGUCACAUUGUGAUCGUGGCUUUUCACUGCCAGCGGGUAUCCUGCAGGCGUUAGACCAAAAGGUCUUUAAGUAGCGGCAGGGUGGUUGUAGGCGAUCUUUUUUUUGUACUUCAUUCAUUGCUGGUGGAUUUUCAUCCACGGCAUCGUUUGUAUUGAUCAAAGUGCAGUGAUAAUAAACUUAUAGUUCUAUACUUGUAAUUGAUUAAGGAGAUUGCUCAGGGUGGAGACACCACUCUAAGCCAUCCUUAGAUGAGAUCAGCUCGAAUUUUAAACAAGAAGAAAAACUUGGAUUCAAAAUUAAANCGUCGCUUUAUUUUAAAUCUCUAAGAUCUAAGAUCAUCGCGACUUUGAUUUCGUCGGUGGUACCUCUAGAUCGAGAGUCUCCGAAUGCUUGUGCGAGCAAAAAUAUAGCUGCUCCAUACUGAACAGACUGAACAGGUUAGGUGAGACCAAAUUUUUCAAUUUACAUCCCUAAAAGAGACGACCAACAUUUUGUAUCUUUCGUACUGAGGGUCCCCUUGGGUCCGCAAACAAUUUCCUUUUUACACUUUCGUCAAAAGUCCUCCUUCACGAACUGUUGAGACAUGAUUAUUAAGAGUGCAAGGAAUCCUUAUAUUUUUAGAUUGAUAAAACUAAACACAGCGUAGCGGUGGAUCAGGCCUCAUCUGUUGUUGCGUCACAUUGUGAUCGUGGCUUUUCACUGCCAGCGGGUAUCCUGCAGGCGUUAGACCAAAAGGUCUUUAAGUAGCGGCAGGGUGGUUGUAGGCGAUCUUUUUUUUGUACUUCAUUCAUUGCUGGUGGAUUUUCAUCCACGGCAUCGUUUGUAUUGAUCAAAGUGCAGUGAUAAUAAACUUAUAGUUCUAUACUUAUAAUUGAUUAAGGUGAUUGCUCAGGGUGGAGACACCACUCUAAGCCAUCCUUAGAUGAGAUAAGCUCGAAUUUUAAACAAGAAGAAAAACUUGGAUUCAGAAUUAAAUUUAGUUCCGCAUCCAGAAACUUUAAGGCUCAAUUUUUCGAUGAUACAGAAGCCGUGGCAACUGUGGUGGAAUUUAAUCGGAAGUCAGAGAUAAUAUUAAAUCUGAAAAGAGACCCAGCAUUGUAUCUCGUCAUUUGUCUUGUCCAAUAACAAUGCGUGGGAAAUUCUUAUGUGCGACAUUUUUGAAGAAACUUCAUAUUUCUCGAUUUGUCUUUAAAUUACACUUUUAACUGAUUCAGUGUGUUUUCUGUUCAGGAGAUCUACAGCCGGAUAUGAAUUAGAAGGCAGAGAAGACAGAUACCAGAGUAUGUACGCAGGCAAGACCGAUCAUGAAAAUCCGUAUGGGACCAAUGUCGUCCACUAUGAAUCCCUUAAGGUUGGUAUUCUUAAACACAGGUACACCAGCCGCAUUCCACCUCAUCAAGAGCAAUAAUGGGUCCCAUUAUCGCUCUUGACCUCAUUUAAUGAUUCGGCAGCUUAACUGAUUCAGGUUAGCAGAGUUGAUUAACACCCUAAAGCGGGAUUCCUUUUUCUUGCCUGUUAAACUUUACUUGUUAUUCAAUGGCCUUCAAUUCAGAUUAAAUUUUGGGCAAAACGAAUCACAUAAAUUUGCUUUAUUACAAGCAUUUGUAUGCUUUUACGCUUCUUUUCGCUUUUUGGUUAAAUAAUCUGAUUACCCCGUUAAUUGAGUUCUUGUUUGAUUUAUUAGAUAGAAGUAAUUGGACCGUUAAUCGUAUUUAAAGCAACAACCUAUUACAGCAAGGAGCCCAAAAGUGGGACCUCCUUUAAUUUAUUCACAUUCUUUCAUGCAGACAUUAACCAAUCAGAAGUCGAGUUUUCAGUUUCCAUCUGGCUUCUGAUUGGAUUAAAUCUGCACGAAAGAAUGUGAAUAAAUCAAGAGCGGUCACACUUUUUGGCUCCUUGCUGUGUGGCUCCCUUCCCAUGUGUGAACUAAACAUUCACGUCAUACUAUGUUUUGCUCCCACAGGUGAAUGGGUCAAGUAAUGGCGUCUAUGAGUCGCUAGCCAGCAAUAGGACGUAUCAACCAGCUGUUGCCUUUGAGCAGUCCAAUGGACACGCCAAAACCGAACGGGACACCCCACCUGGUUCAGCAAAUGGUGGACCAAGGACUCUGAGCUCCUUCCAAAACCCCGCUUAUGACUCCAGCAUGCCCUCUGGCUUGGACAAAGCGGUAGAAAUCAAGCCGAGCACACACUCCAACGACGAUACAGAGGACACAGCCUUCUAG